CACACACAAUCGCUAUUUCACACGCUUUCCUCAAAAACCACUGCAUGCCUUUUCGCCAGUUGGCUCAUAAACCCACACAUACAAAUACUCUAUAAAAUAUAGUUUCAUUUUUCAAUAAUUAAUAUUCCAACCUCCAUACCCACUUUCACCAUAGCUUCAAUCGACUUCGAUUACUUCCACAUUUCCUCUUUCGUUUUCUAAUUCUCUGCAAGCUGCCAUUUUUAGUAUUUUUUACCACAUGAUAUUUGCUUUGUAACUCUCGCCUAAUCUUUUUCACCCUUAUAAAUCUAUAAAGUUCAUGUGGGUGGUGAUCAUGGAGGAGAGUUUUGCUUUCGUCUCUAAUUUGGGUGUGAUGGGAAAGACGACGACGGGAUCUGUUCUUGGAUUCAUUGGGAAGUUCGUUAAUGGCGUUUUGAGCUUUCUUGUGUUUUCUGUACUUGAUGUUCUUGAUGUAGUGUUGUGUUAUGUUUACAAGAUUAUUGAUUUCUUUAUGGAAGAUGAAUGGAAGCCAUGUUAUUGUUCUUCACCGAAAGAAACUAUCAUUAAUAGUGGUAACAUUUUGGUGUCGGAGAAAGGUGAGGUGGAGAAGAUCGUUUGUCUAACGUCGACAAAGUUGCACCUUGAAGAAAUCUCCGACACCCUUUAUUCCCGGCCGUCGUUGGCGGUGGAGGUGUCCAAGACGACGGUGAAACGUCGGAAGGUUGUGGUUACUUCUGUCAGUAAAACCAAAAGCGUCCAGUCACACUCGCCGCCGUUCAUUGUGAACAACACCAUUGUUGAGAUGCUCCAAGAAAAGAUCGGCCGACGUCACAAACCCCAGCGUGUUCCACGGUGGUCGGACUGCGAUUGUGAUACCUGUAACUCGUGGUCGCAUUCUUCUUGUAAAGAUACUCUUUUUGUUCAUAUCGGAGGACGAAAAGAUAAUGUUAGCGAGAAUGUGUUGUUUAUUCAUGGGUUUAUAUCAUCAUCUGCAUUUUGGACAGAGACAUUGUUUCCAAACUUUUCGAGAUCGAUCAAAUCAAAAUACAGGUUAUUCGCGAUUGAUCUUUUAGGGUUUGGGAAAAGCCCGAAGCCACAUGAUUCUCUUUACACCAUGAAAGAGCAUUUAGACAUGAUCGAAAGAUCAGUUCUUGAACACAACAAAGUCGAAUCGUUUCACAUCGUCGCUCAUUCUCUCGGUUGCAUUCUUGCACUCGCACUCGCCGUUAAAUACCCGAACUCCGUCAAGUCCCUCACCUUGCUCGCUCCGCCAUAUUUUCCGACGCCGAAAGGGGAGGAGGCGACGCAGUAUAUGAUGAGAAAGGUGGCGCCGCGGCAGGUGUGGCCGUUGAUUGCUUUCGGAGCGUCGAUGGCCGCCUGGUAUGAGCAUGUUAGCCGGACGAUUUGCUUGUUGAUCUGCCGGCAACACCGGACAUGGGAAUUUCUGGCGAAACUCAUCACCAGAAACAGGAUUAAGACAUAUUUGAUAGAUGGAUUUUGUUGUCACACACAUAAUGCUGCAUGGCACACCCUACACAACGUUAUAUGUGGUACAGCUGCAAAGAUAGGAGGGUACUUAGAUACAGUGCAAAACCAGUUGAAUUGCAGUGUAAAUGUGUUUCAUGGUGAAGAUGAUGAACUUAUUCCUGUUGAAUGUAGCGACCAUGUCAAGAACAAAGUUCCUAGAGCAACUGUUAAGGUAAUAAAGAAGAAAGAUCAUCUCACCAUUGUUGUUGGACGUCAAGAAGCCUUUGCUAGAGAACUUGAGCAUAUCUGGAAAAAUGCAAAAACCAGAUAGUGGUUUAGUUUGCCCAAACAGUUGAUUUGAUGGUUUAUUUCUCAAUUAUAUAUCUUCAUAGAAGAACAAACUAAAGGGUUUUAAACUCAAAAUUAAGGCUAUUUAUGCCCAUAAAAAUAAUGGAUCGUGAUCUAUAGUUCCAUCCAAAUCAAGAAAUGGAUGAAUCAAUACUAGUAGUAUAUAAUUUGGUUAGGUUUUUUUAUUAAUUAUUGUUU